AUGGUGGAAGAACCUAACUCAGAAGGUCCAGACCCACAUGGAGGGCCAUGUGUUAGCUUUGUCCUGCUGCAGAAAGAAGUCUCAGAACCAGGGCCAACAACACUUUGGCAAUAUGUAAUAGCUCUCUUGUUAUUCCUUAUUACAAUUGGCUCUUCUGUAGAAUUAGGAAUUGCAUCUCAGAUCAAUAGUCUUCCACCAGAGGUGGUGAAAUAUUUCACAGAUCCAAAUGCAGUUGAGGCACCAGAUAUGGAGCUGUUAUUCCCAUUUGUUGAUUCUGCUUUGCCCUUAGCAUAUGGUGUGUUGGGGGUUCUGCUAUUCCAUGAAGUUGGGCACUUUCUGGCUGUAUUUCCCAAAAAAGUAACACUUAGCAUUCCUUACUUCAUUCCUAAUAUCACCCUCGGAAGUUUUGGUGCUAUCACUCAGGUAUAUAUCAUAGACUAUGGUCUUGCAAAAAAGUAUAGCGAUCUUCAGACGCACAAGCACAUUCCAUACAGGUUAAACCAGAUUAUUCCAAGCUUAAGGUGUUUGGAUGCCUAUGUUUUCCUAAUUUGA